GGGGAGACGAGGCUCGUGGUAAUGGCUGGAGCGGAAUCAGUGGAACCAUAUCAAAUACAUCAAACAUAUGGUUUCCAUGUGUUUGAUGCCGUUCCAUUGUCUCCGUUCCAACCAUUAUUAUGACCCGUCCUCCCCUCAGCAGCCUCCACUGGUCCACAUACACUACUGAAUAUAGACUGUGUGUGUUCAGGACCCAGUGACGUUUGUCCUAGUGGAGGAAGGUGGUGACAAAGUGAAGAUGGAGAAUGGGAAGGGGAAAUGUCCUUAUGAUCCCAGACAACCUCACACGGCUGUUACUGCAGAUGGAGUGCUGUACACUGCCUCCCCUUCUAACUUCCUGGGCACGAUGUUUGACAUCACCAGGGCAACAGGUCAAGAGGUGCACGUGCAUCAGUCCGUCAACUGGCUCAGUGAUCCAGAGUUUGUGAGUUCGGCCCUGGUCAAGGAGAGUCCUGGAGAUGAUGAUAAAAUCUACUUCUUCUUCAUGGAGAAUGCCUUAGAGUACGACCUUUACACCAAGGUCAGGGUCACACGGUUGGCCAGAGUCUGCAAGGGAGACGUGGGGGGCUCUAAGACCCUGCAGAAGCGCUGGACCAGUUUCCUGAAGGCUCAGCUGGUGUGUCAGGACCGGGACAGUGGCCAGCACUACACCGUCCUGACCCACGCCUACCCCCUGGAACACCGCCUGGGAGACCCCAGCAGCACACACUUCUACACCCUCUUCACCUCCCAGGGGAAAGGAGAGCGCGUGUCAGCAGUGUGUGUGUACAGCCUGGCUGACAUCACCAAGGUGUUUGCGACGGGAGGCUUCAGAGAUAUGAAGAGGAACUGUGUGAACAGUGGGAACUCUGAGUCUGUACCCGACCCCCGACCUGGACAGUGUAUCAACCAUGUCCUGAGAGCCCAGGGUUACAACUCCUCCUUCGACAUGCCCGACCGCGUGCUGCAGUUUGCCAAGGAACAUCCUCUGUUGUCGAACACUAUGGAUGCAGCGCCCCUUCUGGUGAGGAGGGGAACCACAUACACCAGGAUCACAGCCACCAACAUCUCCAACAGUGAUGCUGCCCUACUACAUCUGGGAACAGAUCAGGGGGAGUUACACAGUGUCUCUAUUGUUGGUCGUACUGCUACUCUGCUGCAGGAGAUCCCUCUGACAACCUCAGUAGAGCCCGUCAACAACAUCCUCAUACACCAGGGCAAUGUGGUGGUGGGCUCCCCAUCCUCUCUGUCCCGUGUGCCAGUACAGGGGUGCAGGGUGUACUCCAGCUGUCAGGUGUGUGCCCGGGCAGCAGGACUAGGUUGUGUGUGGGACGUCAACACGAGAGGCUGUGUUGCGGACUCUCCAGUGCAGAGGGAGUCAGAGGACCCUUUGAAGGUGUGUGGCACUGGAGAGGGUCGUUGUUCCCCUGUGGUGAAGGAGCUGCGUGUGAAGAUGGGCCUGGUGGUCCUCCUCCCCUGUGACCACCCCCAUCUCUCCCCUGCGUCUGGGAGCACCCCCAGGGCCGCCACACCCUGAAGCACCACUCCCACCUG